UUGAGUUUUCACUGACAGAAUGGAGAUCAUGGUGUUUUUCUCGCUGUUGCUUCUGGUCUGCUCGGUUUCCACAUAUCAGACAGAGGCAGAUAUUAAAAUUCUUGACCAACAGAUUUUAAACCAACAACCCUCUCCAUAUGACAUUAAUGCUGUGCUGAGAGAGAUGGCAGUCUCGUUGGCUGAACAGAAAGUGAGGAUCACAUUUCUGGAGAAAGAGAAUCAAGAUCAGGAAACAAAGCUGGAGAUUCAAAAGACUGAAAUAGAAAGACAGAAGACUGAGACUGACCAGCUGAAGCUGCUGUCCAAAGAACAAGCAGCAAAACUGGAGACUGAGAUUAACCAGCUGAAGCUGAAGUCAGACGAGCAAGAAGCAAAGCUGGAGAGUCAGAAGACUGAGACUGACCAGCUGAAACAGGAACUACAAGUCAAACAGGUGGCUUUCUCAGCCUCUCUGCUCGACCAAGGCAGUGGAGAAACUGGACCCUUUGACACUCAGAUUACUCUGAUCUUCAAACGUGUUCUCACAAACAUUGGAAAUGCCUAUAACCCACACACAGGUAUUUUCACUGCACCAGUGAGAGGAGUCUACCACUUUGACUGGAAAGUGUAUGGACAUGGAAAAAUUGAGACAGGUGGUGUGUUGUUCAGGAAUGGAGAGAAAAUGUUUCUUGCACAUGAACAUCAACCAUCUGGUGUUGCUGUGAGCGCCUCUAAUGGAGUCGCACUGCUUCUAGAGGUUGGAGAUCAGGUGUCUGUACGUCUCUGGGAUAAUUCAGUGGUAUAUGACAGUAAAACUCAUGAUACCACCUUCAGUGGUCAUCUGAUUUUCACCAUGUAAGAGGUGUGACAGCUCCAACACUUCCUGUUGGGACUGUCCUGUGUGGGUGGAGCUUAGUCAUUUUUAGAAGUAAAACAGGAAGUAAAUCACCUGCUGGAAUCAAUUUCUUGCUCUCUGUUUGUGGUUGGGCUCUAGUUUUGUUUUCAUUUGUUUCUAUUUCUCCUCUGAUUCUUUUGUAUCUAAUAAUUUAGUUCUUUUUGUUAUCUUUGAUUCAAAUAAAUCCAGUUGAAUGUUUAGUGUAGUUGGUAAACUGCAUUUUUUUGUAUUGGCUCCACUGUCCUGUGUUGGUCAGUCUAUUAUUUUGGUGACUGCUGGAGUCUUUCCUGUUUAGCAAAAUCCAACAGUUCUUAUUUUUUCUCUUCUUUGAUAAUCAUGCAGGUAAUUUUCUUAAACACGUCACAGAUGUCAAACUUAAUUUGACUGUCAUGAUAGAAAUGUAAACAGCUGAUUUAACUUGAUAUAAAAAUGUGUGUCAGUGCAGUGGAGGAAUUUCUGGAUGUUUAAAUCUUUCCUUAUUUUUUAUCUGUAUCUGAAUCCAAAUCCAGACACAGAUAACUGACUGUAAACUUACUCGGGUUUAUUUCUUUCAGUUCUUUAGUUUCAAAA